AAACGUUCCGAUCCAAAGAGAUGGUCAAAGUAAAACCAGUAAUAGCAAUGGAUCCAACGAUAGUGGAGUAAAACCGUUCGGACCAGGACUCGAGCAGCAACUAUAGAGAUACAGCAGGGUAAAAAGUUUGGUGUCCAAAGUUAGGCUGGUUUGGAAAUGGCGAUCUCAUCAAGACUGGGAAGGAAACAACAGAGACAUGUGGUUGGGUUUUGGCGGAGACAAAAUCUGAGAGGUUUCACUUCCCGUAAAGCGUUUCGUUUGCUCUUGAUAAGCCUCGCCCUCAUUGCUAUCGUCCCUCCCAUUUUCUUCCACUUCAAACUCAGGCGCUUCCAUCAGAUGCAAUUAAGAAAAUGCGGUUGGCUGAAUAGUCCUCCUCUACUAUGUGCUCAUGGUGGCGACUCUAGCAAGGCCUUUCCAAACACAAUGACUGCAUACCGCGCUGCUCUCCAUUCUCAAGUGGACUGCAUUGAGAUUGAUGUUUCUCGUUCUUCGGAUGGAGUUUUGUUCGCGCUUCAUGACAGGGAUUUGCAGCGGAUAUCUGGGAACAGUACUACCAAGGUUGGGUACUGGAGCGUGAAACAGAUUAAAGAAUUGGAUGCCAUUAAUCAGUUCCCAUUGGAGUUUAAUGGUCAUAUCAUUCUGACUGUUGAAGAUGCAUUGAAGUUUGUAUCAAGUUCCGUGAAACAGCUGAUUCUGGAUGCUAAAGUUGGGCCACCAUCAUAUGAGAAAGGUCUUGCCAAGGAUAUUCUUUCUGUUGUUGAGAGAACAAAAUGUAAAAAUUGUCUUGUUUGGGCUAAAAGUGAUAAUUUAGCGCGGGACGUUAUAAAGCUGUCACCAGACAUGACGGUGGGCUACAUUGUCAUGAAAGACCCUUCUACUGGUGCUAGAAAUAAUUUAUUGAGGAUGAGAGGUGCUGGUGUUGUUGGUGUCUACCAUCCUUUAAUUGAUGAUAAGCUUAUGACAAUACUUCACGGGUAUGAAUCUUACAGGAGAAAUAAGAAGGUGUAUGCCUGGACAGUGGAUGAGGUAGUAUCUAUGAAGAAAAUGCUGUAUGAGCAUGUGGAUGCUGUUGUUACUAGCAACCCCACUUUGCUUCAACAAAUUAUGCAGGACAUGGAAACUCAAUGCUUUGAGGAAGGCUUCUCUUUGUCACGAUGAGACUCGGACAGUUUAAACCACAAGCAUAUAAAAGAUGAAAAUCUCUUAAUUCACUUAUUUGCAGGAAUCGUACGAAAUAUAGAUGCAUGGGUGUUGAAUGAAUCUCAAUACGGGAGUAACUGGCAAAUUGCCUCAAGCAGGGUUGCACAAAGAGAGCUUGGAGCCAAACUGUUUGGGGAGUUAUUGCUUUGAUUUAAGUUGGUUAACACUGGCUUGUACUUGGAAUUAAAGCUCCAAAGCAUUGUGAUGUCCAAAAACCAAUCAGAAUUUUUUAAGAGCAUACCACCUACAUAUGGAAUCCCAAAAUCAUUUUGGAGUAGUUGAAACGGUGAACAAUUGAAAGAAGCAGCAAAAUCUGAGCUUUUCCACA